AUGAAGCCUCUACAUGUCGCCAAGUCGCUUUCAGAUCUUGAAAAUAUGUGCAUAUUACGAGACUCGAGCAGUUCCCACAGAAAAGUGGCUGAUUUAAUUCUGCGCCUUUUCGAGGAGGCGGCAAUGCUGCAACACGACGAUGAGGAAAAGGCGUUCAUAUUAUAUGGCAGAGGACUAAACCUUUUUGCAGGCAUCGAAGCGGGGGGCUCUUUCGUAAUUCCUCGCGAGCUGAGAUUACAAUGUGAAUGUGCCAAAGAUACAUUCAGUAGGCUGCGAAGAAGUCUCCGCAUGCGAUAUGAAAUGGCUCAAAAAGUACUAACCCUAGAUGACCUUCCUGUUUGUGAUGAUCCAAUAUUCAUCGAGUCACUUGAAACGAAACCAAAGCAAUUCCCCGGACGUUGGAUGCCCCCCAUUUGGUUAUACGAGGCAAUCGUUAAAGGCGAGAAGGCUUUUCUAAUUGACGUACGAUCUGCUGACGAAUACUCAACAAAGAAAAUUGUGAAAAUUCCUCAAAUCAAUAUUGGUGGUCAAAUCAUCCACGGUCAAACAAUGAGUCAACUCGAAAAAAGAAUGGAUGAUGUGCAACGGAACCAGUGGAAUUUGCAUAAGUCGGCAAAGGUGAUUAUUCUUCUGGACAGAGACUCCGGUGGUGAGCUGAUCAAAAAAUCUGAUGCUGCUGAGACGUUUCCACUGCAAAGGAGACAUCCAUUAAAGAUAAUGUAUGAUGCACUGGUAACUUACAAUGCCGAGAAAACGGCCCUUCCACCCGCGGUAUUUUUGUCUGGAGGCCUUAAGGAAUUUGAGAAGCGCUAUCCUUCUUACGUAUCUUCUACGCCCUGUUCCUCUUCUUCAUCCAUAAUCUCCAAAUCAUCUGAUCAAAUAGGAUACCCCACCGUUUCGGCUAAUUUUGGAUCUACGUCACCAACGGAGCUGUCAUAUAAUGCGAACAGUUGCCUAGAGCCGAAAGACCAGGAAAGCACCAAACCCCUCCCUUACUCCGAAUUGACGAAGUUGCUCAAGCCAAACGGUUCACUUGGCGUUUCUAAGUCAUCCAACGAGCAAAAUUCCAGACCACAAACCAUCGGUGCUGGUAAAGCACCACAUGAACCUACGGUUGAUCGGUCUACGAAACCGCAACUCAAUGUCUCAACCGAAUCUCCAACUGGGCGACUGACAGGUAAGUUGUUCUCUAAUUUCUACUCUUCACACGACCACAUUCAGAUAGAUCGUUCAAAGAAGCCCCAAACCGUAGCAGAAAUUGGCGGAUCGAAGGCUGCUAGUUCUCGUCUUUCAAAACCGAAUUUACCAGCCAUCCCAUUGAGAGUCCUCCGAAGAGGUCUGCAAAAUUUAGGCAACACCUGCUACAUGAACUCUACCCUACAGUGCCUGCUUCAUACGCCUCAAUUGUGGUACUUCUUCAUGGCACAACAACCUUUUCAAGGUCAUCUGGCGCAAUCGUUCGCCGAGUUCAUUUGCGAAAUGAGCCAGUCUUCGUCACUUGAAACUUACUCCCCGAAAGUCCUUAAAGAACGUUUCGACAGGUCACACUCAAUGUUUGCUGACGGUCAACAGCAGGACAGUCAUGAGUUUCUCAUGAUUUUCCUCGACUCCCUCCACGAAGAACUAAAUAGGUCUGAGGGAAGGCCUGGUGAAAAUAAGGCCAAAUCAGAGGAUGUUUCUGCAAACUACUUGGCAGAUCUUUCGUGGCGCCGAAACCGCGCAAGAGACGAUUCCGUAAUACUGGAUUGGUUUAAUAGUGCUCCAUGCAUUACUUUGGCAAUACAGGGGCAACUGCUAUCAACCGUUCAAUGCCUUACCUGCAAAAGAUCUUCUCAUGCAUUCGAUGAGUUCAUGUACCUCUCAGUGUCAAUUCAGGGGUCCGAUUCCACAGAUCUGGUAACACUUCACCUUUCCAAUUCUUUUAUUUACCCUAAAUAUGUUCGAGUGUUGGAAGUUUAUACUUUGGUGAUCAACUCCUGUGUACAGUUUCCUCUUACUGGCCUGAAGUUAUUGGAUUUUAUAAGGAACCCGGACGCCUCCGACGACUGCACAUACGACCUCUACGGUGUCAUCAACCAUCACGGAUCUGUCCAAUCUGGUCAUUACACUGCCUAUUGCCUCGACUCGACGGAUCAUCGAUGGCGGAAUUUUGAUGAUUCACGUGUGACUGAACUUUCAGAUUCCGAAAUUGUUACUCGUGCAGCCUACGUUCUGUUCUACAAGCGAUCCAGGGUGGUUAAGAAAACUGCAUGA